AUGAGUGACGAUUUAAUCGAGAAGGUGAGUGCUUUUGGUGAACGCCUCAAGAUUGGAGGUGCGGAGAUGGGUCGAAAAAUGAGUGCUGGGAUGACUUCUAUGAGCUUCAAGAUGAAAGAACUGUUUCAAGGUCCGAAUCAGGCGGAUAAAAUUGUUGAGGAAGCUACUGCAGAGACGCUUGAGGAACCCGAUUGGGCUAUGAACCUUGAAAUAUGCGACAUGAUAAAUCAUGAAAAGAUCAGUAGCGUCGAAUUGGUUCGUGGGAUAAAGAAGAGGAUUGUGGUGAAGAAUGCUAGGGUUCAGUACUUGGCCUUGGUGUUACUCGAAACAUGCGUCAAGAAUUGUGAGAAGGCGUUCUCCGAAGUGGCAUCUGAGAGGGUUCUUGACGAGAUGGUGAGGCUGAUUGAUGAUCCUCAGACUGUUGUUAACAACCGCAAUAAGGCUUUGAUCCUGAUUGAAGCUUGGGGUGAAUCAAGCAGUGAGCUACGAUAUUUGCCUGUUUAUGAAGAAACAUACAAGAGCUUAAAAUCAAGGGGCAUCCGGUUCCCUGGUCGUGACGAUGAGAGUUUGGUACCUAUCUUCACCCCUCCUUGUUCCAUUUCAGCACCAGAAGGGGAUAACAAUCUGGCAGAGCAGACUCAUCAAGAGGUUGUUGUAGAAGGCUUUACUGCUGAGCAAACUAAGGAAGCUUUUGAUGUGGCAAGGAAUAGCAUCGAACUUCUCACUACAGUUUUAUCUUCGUCUCCUGGACAAGAUGCUUUGAAGGAUGAUUUGACUAGUACGCUUGUCCAGCAGUGCCGGCAGUGUCAGUCGACCGUCCAACGAAUCAUUGAGACGGCAGGGGAAGAUGAGGCCUUGCUUUUUGAAGCUUUGAAUGUUAACGAUGAGAUUCUGAAAGCUCUGUCCAAGUAUGAAGAGAUGGAGAGGCCAUCAGUGGUCCCUUCCGCACCAGAACCUGCCAUGAUCCCAGUUGCAGUCGAGGCCGAUGACUCCCCAACUCAUGCAAAAGAAGCAGAUGCAUUGAUCAGAAAGCCAGCAGGUUCACGGGCCGGGACACAGGGUGAGGGGAGCAACGAUGACAUGAUGGACGAUCUUGACGAAAUGAUAUUUGGGAAGAAAGGCGGCUCCGGCACAUCAUCUGAAGACCCAAAGAAGCAACCUUCGUCGUCAUCCAAGGAUGAUCUCAUCAGUUUCUAA